AUGGUAAGAUUCCUUAAGAUGCAACCCCUUAGUUUUGCUGGGAUCAGUGGUGAUAUCUUGCUACCUGUCAGAUGGGUGAAAGAAAUGGAAAAAGCUUUUAACUUCCUUGGUUGCAAUGAACAGCAGAAACUCACCUGUGUUGGAUAUAGGCUCCAAUACGAAGCAGAAGCUUGGUGGGAGACCACUAAGCCUAUUUUGCAAGCAGCACACCCAGUCUUAACUUGGGAAAUCUUCAAGCAGGCUUUCUUUGGCAAUUAUUUCCCCACCAGUGUAAGAAAGAAGAAGGAGAUAGAGCUGGCAGAGCUGACACAGGGACCCAAAUAUGUGUUACAGUACCAACAGAAGUUUGAAGAGCUUUUCUCCUUUGCUCCUCCUCAUCUGAGUGAUGAUGAAGCUAAGGUACAGAAGUUUGAAGAUGGGUUGAGGCCACAAAUUACCUCGAUAAUGGCCACUGGAUCAACCCAAGGGUACUCAGAGACUAUGCAGACUGCAAAGAAGAUAGAAGAUAAAUAG